AUGAUUAUUCCUACCUCUCUGCUGGCCCUUGCCGGGGUCGGUUUUGCUGCUCUUGAGCCCAGACAGAUCAUGCACCAGGCGAGACACCAGCCUUCAUUUAUUACAUCCCGCGACCUUUCCGACGCAAAGAGCGCGCCUUGCAAGUUCAUAAGUAAGACCUAUGAAGAGGCAAAUCCUGAAAAGGGAAACCCUGUUAUUCUGGCUAUCCCUCCGUCAGUCGGCAUUGCUUGCCUCAAGUCUGUCCCCUUGGACAAGAAGCGAGACCUAGAGCUACUCGACUACCUUGAGCCUCUCAUCGGGUUUCAGAGCACACUUGAGAUUCUUGCUGAUCCCCCAGAAGAAUACCUGUUCCCUGGUGUGGAUGUCUUGGGUGGAUUUGAUACCAUUCGAAGCAAGCUUGAGAACAACAAGUACAAGACACAAUAUGAAGUCAUGACUGAUCUACGGAGUAUUUUUGCCUCUGCCUAUGACGGCCACUUCGACUACCCCCCGGCCCUUCUCAACGCCUUCGUGUACGUACGUCGGGGCAUCGACUUCGAAUCUGUCUCUUCCAACGGUAUCCGUCUGCCUUACAUAUUUUCCCGCAUUGAUACAAGCCGCGGUGAUCACGGUCUUCUUGACUACACCCCAUCAGCUAUCAAGAGCAUCGACGGCAUCCCGAUUGUAGAAUGGCUCGAGGAGGACGCCUCUCGCCUCACAGCCGGCGCUCAAGAUCCUGAUGCGCAGUACAAUGCUCUGUUUUCGUCCGUUCCCCGCAGCGCUGCUGGUUCAUCCGCAAGCACCCUCGUCACUCAGUACGAAAUCCCCGAUACAUAUACCAUUGUAUUUCACAACGGUACCAAGAAGGUGGUCCAAAAUGAGAUUAUCGUCCUACCUACUGCCGACUUAUCUGGAAUUGAGUCUGGCGAGGAUUUCCAUCAGUACAUCGAAGUUACGCCCACCAACAUGACAUCCGAGGAGCCUGCCAAUGAACGCCGCUCAACUAAAACUCAAGCGUCAUCCAAGUACAUCCCUGGAUACCCCAUCCCCGUUGUCAAGCAUUCGGCCAACUCAGUAGCCGGAUACUUCCUCCAAGGCAAGGGAUAUGAGGAUACUGCUGUUCUCUCCAUCUUGAGCUUCGUUCCUCUUGGACUCGACCUUGCCAAUCCCCCUCCUGGCUUCACACUGACGAAAUUCAUCCUCGAGGGGCAAGCUGUGGUGCUUGAAUUCAUCCGUAAGGCCAAAGCAGCUGGCCGUGAUAAACUUAUCAUCGACAUGUCUGCCAACGGUGGUGGAUCAGUCGUCCUAGCGCACUCGAUCUAUCGUCUGCUGUUUCCGGAUGGAAAGUUUACCGGCUGGGAUCGAUAUCGCGCUAAUGCCGCUCUCGAGGCAGCUUCCGAGGCCAGCUAUGAUAGUCUUGUUGCAACUUUGAUCACAGUGUCAGAGCAUUACCCUGUGGGCGUGGAUGGCAAGGCCAUCACGACAGGCAAGGCCUUUUUUGGCCCUUACACCGUCAAGGGCGAGAAUGUAACUGCGGCCUUCCAAAUCGACAAGACUGUCCCUUGGGAGCCUAGCAUCCCUGCCUACCUCAACGGCUUUGACCCCGAGACGAAGCCUCUUGUGGAGGAAGCCCCUUGGAAGCCCGAGGAUAUCCUCAUUGUCACUGAUGGGAUUUGCGCAUCAGCUUGUGGCAUCCUGACUGGCCUUCUCACGCGCAAUUAUAAUAUCCGUACGCUUGCUCUUGGCGGUCGUCCUCUUGACCAAGCUAUGCAAGCCAUGGGCGGUGUCAAGGGGACUUUGCUCAACUUCAACCAGGACAUCGUCAGCGCGAUGGCUCUAGUCCGAGUUGGCGCAGGCACCGAUAAAGAAGCACUCUCCAUUCUCAGCGACGCAUCAGCCUCGAUCCCCAGCGCGUCGAGCCCACCUCUUCUACCCCUGCCUAAUGCUGGUAGAGUCAACUCGCUAAACAGCUACACUGAGGAUAAUCUCAAGGGAUAUCCAGUGCAAUUUCGAUAUGAGGCAGCCAAUUGCCGCCUCUUUUACACACAACUCAUGGCAGCUUCGCCUGUUGCCGUUUGGAGACGUGCCAGAGGUGUAGCGUGGAAUGAGGAGCCUUGUGUUCCAGGCUCUACUACAGGCAAGAAUGGAAUGAUUGGCGACAAGACUCUCAAAUACGACUCCAGAGUUCGAAGUCGAGCAAGCGGGAUCAAGGGUCCUGGUAUGCUGAAGAAGUGA